UACUGAGAGACGCACCCAAUCCGGGAUUCGGCCAAGAUUCCGCCUUUUCAGCAGGAUUCGGCUUCGGCUGAAUCAAUAGUCUGUCUGAACCGACUCCCAAACCUUAUAAUCACAUAAUUUUGAAUUUGGAUUCAGUUCGGAAUUUGGACAAAUCUUUCAUGAAGGAUUCGGGGGUUCGGCCAAAUCCCAAGAUUCGGUGCACCCCUAGUUCUAGUCAAUUUCUGCAUUUUAUAUUAAUUAGUUUUGGAAAAUAGUUUCUAAUGGUUCUCAGUACGAGGCCAUUGAUAUAAUGUUGCCCAAACCAACAGCUUUAGACUUAGGCCUCAACUUAUUCAUUCCAACUCACAAACAGACGCUCCUACAGCCAUUUUGUCCCCACAGUUCCCAAUGGUACUUUUUGCAAAGUAGUGACUUAAAGCUGAACUAACCUUUGUUUUUUUUCUUUUAAUCAGCACCACUAAGGAAAAAGCCGUCGUUUUACGACAUUCCUGACAGGGUAAAGAUGAGAACUCGUUUCUACCAAAUAGUAGAGCAGAUUGACGGAACCCUGGACCCAACUGGGUUGGAGAGAAGGCUGGUGGAAAAAGCGCCAUCGACCAUCGCCGACUUCCAACUCCAGUCGUAUCUCGGCGAGGGAUCGUUCGGGAAGGUCUAUAGGGCACAGCACAGAAGCUCGGGGAAGGUUCUUGCCAUUAAGGCAAUCGAAAUGCAUGAAAUCAACGAGAGAGAGAUCUUUCAUUGUGUCACCCUAGAGCAGCGAAUCCUCCGACUGGUCGACGAGGAGCAAUGUCUGUUCCUUGUCGGGCUACUCGGCUCCUUCCAGACGCAAAACCACAUAUGUCUGGCUUUGGAGUACGCGGAAGGAGGAGAUUUGGCUGCCUACGUGGCUACAGGCGGACUUCCACUCGACAGAGUUCGGUAAGUACUAAUUAGAUUUUAGGGAGCUCGACCCAAGGCCAAUUACCCCUAUGGCAUUCUUACCACUAUAUGGACAUAAUACCAUUAUUAUUGGCUCAAUAACUCACUCAGUAGGUAGAACACUAGUCUCACAAUACUAUUUACUGGGAAACAUGGGGGGCUACUCAUGUCAUUAAAGGUUUCAGUGCAAUUUCAAUCCAAGUUCCGCUGAAUAUUGGGGUCUAAGGAAUAACUUACAUUUGUAGUAGUUCUAUAUUGAUAGGUUUGCAUUUAUAAAACGGAUAUAUGUUUAACUUUAUUCAUUUAUUCUUUGCAGGUUCUAUUCCGCUUGCAUGGUGCUGGGGAUACAAUUCCUGCACCAACACAAUAUCGCGCACAGGUAAGCAACAAUGAACAUUAAUGGGACACAGAGCCCCAAUCCUAGAAAUCAUCAUUCUCUUUAGAUUAUUUAUACUAAACCUCUGAUAUUGAAUUGGUAUUUUAUAAUGUGCUUCUGUUUUAUUGUAGGGAUAUAAAAAUCAACAAUGUUCUCCUGUACGGAGACGGGUACGUCAAGAUCACCGACUUUGGGCUUUGCAAAGAAGGUAAGUUGUAUAAGUAAGAUGGUGUAGCAUAUACACAGUGUAGCAGCUGAGCUGUAGCAUUGGCCCUAUAUAUAUAUAUAUAUAUUAUUAUAACCAGAGAGAGACAGAGAUAGAUAAUAAGAGAGCUGCUGCUCUUCUGUUCAGCCAAUGAAUGCAGCCUUUCUAUGGAUAAACUCUUUAACUCACUGUUUUCUUUCUGCUUCAGGAAUGGCUGCUGACAGCACAGCCACAAGUCCUCGUGGUACCUUUUUCUACAUGGCCCCGGAAAUAUUCAAAGGCCGAUACACGAGAUCGGUCGACUGGUGGGCACUUGGCGUAACCAUCUACAAAAUGCUGACUGGAACCGUAAGUAUCCACUUUUUAUCCACCUUUUGUCUGCUUGCGUAAAAAUGUAGGCAGAGAAAAGGCCGAUCUUCUGACUUCUGCUCUGCAUUCCGAGCGUUCCGGCAUCGCCGUAACCCGCUCUAUGCGCUGAUUGGCCAAUGAUGUGCCUUAGAAUUUUGCCUCAGCAGAAGUCAGAGGCUCAGCCUUUUCCCCAGCCUGUGUUUCUACCCAAGCCAAUAGAAUACCUAGUGUCCCACAGGCCUUAGGGUGAUAAUGAUCUUCUCAUAGUAUUACCAUUUAAUGUGAAAAGAUAUUAGGCUGAGGCUAAAAAUGGACCAUGGCCACCCUCAUAACAUGGGAAACCUUAGGAAAUUUGUAUUUUCACUAUAUAUAAUUCAGCUUGAAAUAUCAGAUCACAUUAUUGUAUGUUAGUUGUAUCCCCCAUAAAUCACUCAACUCUCUGUUAAUAAUUGUUUUUUUUUUCCAGGUACCAUUUUAUGCCGAUACUGAUCUUGAUUACUUCAUGUUAAUAAAACGUCAGGAGCCCGAAUAUCCUGACUACUUAACAGAAGACACUCGAGACAUAUUGGUAAAUGUAAGUAUGAAGCAGGGUAUCCGCAUGUUGUUAUCUGUAUGGGGAGAGUUUUGCUCAGAAGCCUUUCCAUUAUUACUUACCCUAUGCUUAUAUUUGCCCUUACUCUUAUCCUUUAUAAAGUAAAGUCCCGCUCUUGUUCUAGUGGCUUCACCAAACCAUAACUGUCCCUUUGGGAUUAGGGAGUUGAACUGUAAGCUUCUGUCUAACAACAAUUUCUUUUUGCAGCUCUUAAAGAAAGAUCCAGAGCAGCGCCUUGGGGCCGGAGAACAUGGAGCCGAGGACGUGAGGAAGAGCCCAUUCUUUGAGGGAUUAGACUGGGAGGCUCUUGAAAAGAAAGAGAUCGAGCCGCCAUUUAUCCCCAGAAGAAGAGCACACGGACAACCUGAAAACAGCCUUAAACUAAAGGCUCAGGUUGAAGCCAAUGUGUGCGAAGAAGCCGAAUGGGCACUGGUGGAGCUGAACUACCCUUUGAGUUCAGCUUCAGAAACAGAAGAAGAAGAAUCGUAAGAAACGUUCCUCGGAAUGAAGCAGAGAUGAUUGGCAGGAAGAAAGUCUGUUCCCAGCUUGAGAAAUCCAAUCAGCGUUCCGGAGUCCUAUUAUGGAUUGAAAAUGCAAACGUCGCAACUCCGGGAGUAGGAAAAGGGGUGAGUCUGUUGGGCAGGAUGUCGGGUCAGUCAGUCAAGAGUUAAUUUGCCCAACAGGGGUGGAGGAGGGUUCAACUUUAAGCCAAAAACAUCGCUUAAAGUUAAAA